GAAAGGUGAAGCUAAACAAAAGGGUAGCAUGUAGAUAGCAUUUAUUUAAAUAACAGUGAAAUACAAGAAAAUACAUAAAUUUUGCAAGUAUUUACGUGAUACAACAAAGUGAGACAAAUUGUUGCAAUGAAGCGCUUCGUGUUAGUCAAUAAAAUGAAGCACAAUGCAUCGUGUAAUGGUGGCCAUUAGCACUAAUAAUUAUGUAUAUUGGCAUACUUACUAUUUUACGAACCAUCAAUGAAACGUUUUAAAUCGGACUGCAGUGUGUGUUUGUUCAAAGUUAAUCCGAACACUAUGUAUACGAGACUGUUUAUAUUAUGUGAGUGAGGUAUUGGAUCCCAGUGUAAAUAGUGAUAACAUUACCAUGGCCCAGAACCAAGGGGAGGUUCAAGUGACACCGAACCAACCCGUGAAAGACAAAGAUAUUUACGCGUGCUUGCCAGACAUACGUAGCCACGGUACACUCGUGCUCGACGAACCGUAUCCUGGCGGCGAGGAGCUGCGAUGGUUGCCUGCUCAGGCUACAGACAGAGACUUGGUUAUGUACUUGAGAGCCGCUCGCUCAAUGGCAGCGUUCGCCGGUAUGUGUGACGGAGGAUCUCCAGACGACGGCUGUGUAGCUGCAAGUCGCGAUGAUACCACUAUCAAUGCUUUAGAUGUCCUACACGAUUCAGGCUAUGACCCUGGAAGGGCUCUACAGGCUCUUGUGAAAUGUCCUGUUCCAAAAGGUAUAGAAAAAAAGUGGUCCGAGGAGGAAAUAAAAAGAUUUGUGAAGGGUAUUCGACAAUUUGGUAAGAAUUUCUUUAAAAUAAAAAAGGACUUGUUACCCCACAAAGACACAUCUGAGUUAGUAGAGUUCUAUUAUUUGUGGAAAAAGACCCCAGGUGCUAGUAGUAAUAGGCCGCACAGGCGACGUCGCCAGACUUCUUUAAGAAGAGUGAGGAACACAAGAAACUCUCGUGCAGGAACACCCAAAGAGCAGACUCCUGAAAUAACGCCUACUGUGCCAGAUACUAUAGGUCCCAGACCAUCACCCAACCCUAAAGAGACUGGAGAAAUGAGUUCAGUUACUGAGGAUGAAAAUUCAGAAGACGACAGUGACUCUAGAGAUGCAGGCGAUUUAGCUAAGGUUGAUAAUGGCAGAGUUGAGAACCCUGAUGAUUCGCCAAGCAGAAUGAGAACUAGGAAUAAGUCUAAAGAACAAACUACUCCAAAUGGAAAGAAAGGUCAAGAUGAAAGUGAUAAUGAUACUAAAAUUAAGAAACCUAUUAAACCAAUUCCACAAAGUACAAAUAAUAAUAUACCCCCAGAAAAAGUUUUAUCAUCGCCUGUCAGCAAGGAGAUUAAAAAGAAAGUUACAAAUGGUAAAGUUGAUGUUUCUAAAGUUAAAAAGCGACUUCCAGACGAUUCAAAACUAGAAGGUAUUAUGGAUGGUGAUGUUCAAAUGAAGAAAAAGAAAGCAGAAGAACCACCAGAAAGUCCAUCAGAGAGCCUAACUAAUGAUAGCUUUCCUGCGAUUGAUGAAACUGAAAGUCAUGAACCAGAACCUGAGGUGUGCGAUUUCAGUUUUAGUAAACCUGAUAAAGAAAAUCAAGAACAAAACAAAGAACCCGAACAGCCACCAAAGCCUUUGGAAUCACAGAUAAAGGCAGAAAUUAAUGAACCCACUAUAAAAACAGAGAAAGAUAACCUACCUCCAUUAUUUAAAGUUGUGCCUGAUAAAGAUGAAAGAAAUGUUCUAGACUUGAAAACAGAUUCAAAUCAGUCAGCACCUAAAAACAUGGAUACUACGGAACCUAGACCUUUAGCAUUAUAUUCCAAAACAGAGCUUAUUAUACCUAAAGUAACACCUAUGUCUACAGACACUAUAGAAAAGAUAAAAAUAAAAGAAGAAAUGGACACAGAUGAGCAAACAUUGAAUUUGCAAAAAGAUGACUAUCCGAAAGAUCCACUUGCACACAAUUUCUCUGGGCAUGUAUUAAGUCAAUCUAGCAAACCCCUGAAUUUAGAAAAUACGAACUUUUUUGUCAAGGAUAACCAUCUUUAUAAUCCCAAACUUAAUCACAACAUAAAAAUUGAAGGUGCUCCAAAUAAUAUUUUCAACCCAGCCAAUAUGACAAAGGACAAUUCAAUUAUGAGGAAUGCAAAAGAUUACUCUGGUGGAAUGCCAUUUUCGUAUCCUCCAAAUAUUAGUUUUGCUAGUGAUCCUAAUAAACAUAAUCCUCAUUUAAAUCCCUUAAAAACAGUCAUAAAAUUAGAACCUAGAGAUGAAACAAGCGAAAUGAAAAAUCAAAAUACUGCAGAAAUUUUCACAGCUACAAUAUCAUCAAACAAUAAAGUGGAUUCACCAAGUGCACCAAGAUUAGACACAAUGCAAAGAAUUAGCCCAUCACCAACAAAUCCUCGUGCUUCUUCACCACCGCACAUGGAACACCCAGUGGCAUCAAAUACAGAACCAAUCUCUCCUGCAAAUGCACAAGAAAUGAAAUCUCACGAAUCUGAUAUGGAGGACAAGCAACCUACUGAUUUAAAAACCCAACAUGCACCAAAACUUGAUAACCAAAUCACACACUUGAGGCCCCCAAUGUUUCAACCACCUAUCAGGCCAGAAAAUCUUGGAGUUAGAUCUAAUGAAGCUUCUAACAUUCCUGUAUCUGGCCAGAAUAUGCCUCCUCCAGCUCUUAGUCAGUCAUCAAUGACAGGUCUUUUACCACCAGGUCCACUAAUAUCAGUUGGGAGUGGAUCCAAUGUUGGGCCAUAUGGAUUUAUGCCAGCAUCAUUAUAUGGGCACCCUGGUCACCCUGGCUUAGAUAAGCAUGGUUCAAUGCCACCAUUAAUGCAACAAGUACCUCCAUCACAUACUCUUACUGGAGCAAGCUUGAUCUCUCAACAAUCAAACCAAAAUGAUUCAUCUAUGCCACAAGAUCUAAAAAUUAAACAAGAAGUUCCAGAUAACAUGCCUGCUAACUUGUCAACACAAAACGUGUCUGACCCCUUGCAGUCACUUAAGGAAGUGAAAGUACCAGGAUAUCCAAUCGGAAGUGCUAUAGCACAGCACCUAAGUUCAGAGAGAGAUAGAGAGUCAAUGUCAAGCGUUGAAAAUAAUAGCAGGCCACCAAGUCAACCUCAAAAUGAAAAUUCUAACAUGCCCAGUGCAUUCCUAGGCCCUAGAAUAGAAAGUAUAAAGAAAGAACCAGAUUUCUUGCACCAACCCCAUAUAACGCCAGUUUCGCAAAGUCAAAGCAGUGGAUCAGAUUCUGCAAGUACAAUUCAACCUGUAAAGAGUCCUCACACACCUACCCCUAUAAAAAGCCAUCCGAGUCAUAAUGGAACGCCGGGGCACCCCCGUCCUUCUGCGACCACAUCACCAUUUUCCAGACAUUUGACCAGUCCAUCUCAGCCCCGACAAAUUUCAGCGUCGCCUAUUCAACAUACGCCAGUGUCUCACUCUGCUCUUAAUUUGAUGAAUCCUACACCACUUUCAAUACCAGCAACAAUGGCUGGUCCGAUGAUUCAUUCUGGCCAGCAACCUGGCCCACACCCCCAUCCGUUUGCGUCCCAUUUACAUCACCCUCAUCACCCCUUGCUGCACCCAUCAUCGAUAUUUCAGCUUUCGGCUGCCGCGGCUGCGCAUGCCAUGCACCCUUACUACCCCCACCCGCAUCCAGGGUACUCAAUGCCGUAUCCAUAUCCAUAUGGACCAUUACCACAACCUCACCCAAUACCACCAAUGCAUCCAGCGGCGAGCACGCCUGGAAGGCAUGAACCAGUGAAACCAGCAACCAUUGAAUCAACAACUAUGCUUAGUGCUCAUCAUAGUACCAGUUCAUCAGUGACAACAAGAUCUCUGAGAGAAAUUUCUGAGAGCACAGAGGAUCCGAGACAUCCGAAUUCGACGACAGAACGACACCAGCUGCAUGAGACUACAAUGACGCACCAUCACUCAACCAGUCAUCACAGUGCUGUACAUACGAGUACUGAAAAGCAACCUAGCCACGUUGGAGGAGGGACUAACCAUACUCUCUCUAUAUCGCAUUCAACGUCGAGCAGCUCAUCACAGUCUAUCCAGCAUAAAAUUAAUACUCAACAGAAAAGCAGCUCGCAUGCAAGUUCACCUCUACACUUGUCAGCAAGUUUAUCCCAGACAACUAGUUCGUCCUCGAGUGUCAAUGUGACUAAUAAUCAUACCCAUCAUCACUCACAUCAUCUUGCCCACCACCCAGAGCGAUUAUCGCCGGCAGACUCUAUGCUUCUUCGUCAUCACCCAAAAAUGUUACCUGGAAAUCCAAACCACCUUAUGAUCCAGCCACCUUCUAUGGGUCAUCCGGGAUUGAGUUUAGGAUUACAGUCGGGACCUGGUCCAAGUUCAAUCGAAAGCUUACGAUUGCACGCUCAAGCUGCGGCUGGUUUGCAAGCAUCGCAUGGCAGAUCUGGAUCUCCCCAUCAGUUACCACAUGGUCACCCGCAUCUACGCGGUCCACCGCGGCCGAUACCUGAUGAAAACCCUGAAUUGAAAUUGGAAACUCAAUCACAGCCGGAAGAAGAGGAAAUUCCCAGCCCUGCCCACAUCCCACAUGGCCCCAGUCCAGAACCUAAAAUUGAAGAUACAGAGUGUCAUAGAUCACAGUCAGCGAUAUUUUUAAGACAUUGGAAUCGCGGUGAUUAUAACUCAUGCACGCGUACUGAUCUUAUAUUCAAACCAGUGCCAGAAUCUAAGCUCGCGCGUAAACGAGAAGAAAGACUUAGAAAGCAAGCAGAGAGAGAUCGAGAGGAAAGGGAGAAAAUAGCCCAACAAGCACACAGAAAGAUAGCGACGCCAGAAAAACCGGAAACGAAACCGCCUUCAAGGGGUGCUAUUGAGACGAUAAGUUCGCCUUAUGAUAGGUUCCAGAGACCACCUGGGUACCCUGACACACCAGCGUUACGGCAACUAUCAGAAUAUGCACGACCACACGCGGGUUUCAGUCCUGGCAACAUGCCUAGGCAUUGCAUGGAUCCUAUGCUCCAAUACCAGUUGAGUUCUAUGUAUGGAGCCGCCGGAGCGCGGGAGCGGCUAGAACUUGAGCAUCUCGAGAGGGAGAAAAGAGAUAGAGAAAUUAGGGAGCUGCGAGAAAGAGAACUGAAUGAUCGAUUAAAGGAGGAACUACUUAAAAAUAACGUGGGACCGCGUGCACUCGACCCGCAUUGGCUGGAAAUGCACAGGCGGUAUGGAAUGCCGCACCCGCCGCCGCAAGGUGCCAUUCCCGUACAAUUUGGUUUGUACCCACCCGGCCACGGACCUGGUGCCCUAUCACAAUUGGAGCGGGAACGACUGGAGCGCCUAGGCAUACCGCCGGCGGGCGCGGGCGGGCCACCGGUCUCCGUUCCUGUCAGCGGCGCUCCGCCGCACCACCCCCACCAUCCGCAUCCCGGAGUGGCGGCGGCGCAACUGGAGGCGGCGGAGCGACUGGCCCUCGCCGCGGACCCGAUGGUGCGGCUGCAGAUGGCGGGCAUCAACCCCGAGUACCACGCGCACACGCACGCGCACACGCACGCGCACUCGCACACGCACCUGCACCUGCACCCGGGGCAGCAGGCGGCGCAGGCGCAGCAGGACGCGCUGAGCCUGGGGCUGGGCGGCGGCUCGUACCGGCCGCUGCCGCACCCCGACCUGCUGAGCCGGCCCUACGCCGAGCAGCUGGCGCAGCAGGCGGCGGCGCACGAGCAGCUGCAGCGCCAGCUACUCAUGGAGCGCGAGCGCGGCUUCCUGCACCCCGCGCACCACGAGGAGUUCGUGCGCCAGCAGCGGGAGCGCGAGCUCAAGGUGCGCGCGCUGGAGGAGGCGGCGCGCGCCUCGCGCCCCUAGGGGCCCGCGCGGCUCGCGCGCGACUCCGCCGUGGUGGUGAUCGAGUGAGCCGAGGCCCUCCGCCCGGGGACUUUGUAUAAAUACUUCCGAGUGUUCACGCGCUAGUGUUACGAGAUAGAGAACCGGACGAUACCUGUAAUUUAUAUUUGUAACUUAAGUAUUUAAGUUUUUUUUUUUUCUAUAAUAUUUUUAUAGUCGCAUGGUCGUGUAAUACGCUUGUUUCCAUGCUCAAAUUUAUUUUAUAACGACUAGUCAUAAUUAAAUUUUAUUUGUAGAGAACGAGACGAUGAGUCACACGUUAUUACGCAGAGUGCUGUUAGACUAAAUUAUUAUUUUAUAUUUUAAUUAUUUAAUAAUAAUUAUUAUACAGAUUAAGGGUGCUGGUUGACAUUCUUGGGAAUGAACCGCGUGGCUUUAUUUAUACAAAGUAAAUUGUGCUUAUGUUCAUGACAUAAUAAUAGAGUUAUUCAUUGUACUUUGAAGAUAUUUAAGAUAAAGUAGGGACUAUGACUUGCCUUAUUCCUUCUUGAACUAUCGAGGAAGAUCUGCCUCCAUAAAUAUAAAACUGUUCUAAAGUAUAGUAACUUCAUAGUCGUCCCGUACAUAUUGCAUCAAUAGUUAACUCUAACCUAUAAAAUUCUUUGAAAGUUGAAACAUAUCAAUCUUCGACGUUUUUCGGCAUUUUGGCAGAUGGCAAAACUUUUCAUAAAGUCAGAUAGAUUGGAAAAGUUGUAAAUAUCGACCAUAAACGAUAGUAGUACUGAUAUAUUUUUUUAAUUAAUACGUUGAGCUCGAUUAUUGUAUUUAUCUGUGUUAUGACUGUCAUCUUGCUUCUGGUAGCUCUGUUCCGCGUCUCCAUCUAAUUUCCAAUUGUUAAAAACUCACUCUCAGACUACUUAGCUCUACGAAAAAAAUCACGUCGAACCGUUUUUGUUUGUUUGCAACGAUGUCUAUAAAAAAACUUCAACUAUUUUUUUUUAAUAUUGCAGAUUUGUCAAACCGACUUGCUGCAAUAAGAAUGUUAACGCACCUUAAACUUAAGUUUUGUGAUUAUAUUUUUACAUGUACAAAUGAUGUUUUAUAAGUAAAUACGUUAGUAUUUAUUCUCGAACUAUUCAAAAUAAAAUUAAUACUAAACUGUUUCUUAUAUUGCAGAAAGACUAUUCAAAAUUGCGGUAGUAGGCAGUUAUUGUUUUUUUUAUUCCACUAUAUGUUAGCCCUGAGUCAAAUAUUAUAGCGGUCUAACUUGUUAGGGGUAUGGUAGUUAUGUAAACUGAUCGUUUUCUAAGCGGAAUCGUAUCGAAAACCUCUAAAUCGCUUUGAGGCCGGUAACUAGACAGAGUCUAUCUAACCAAAACAGGUCGGAGAUAAUUCUGAAAUUAUAAAUUCCCAAACUGCCCCUACCGUAGAAUGAGCCCAAAGCGCUCAUAACUAAGCCAUGGUGGUCGUAAAAAGUAAUUAAAAAAACAACAAAUAAUAAAUAUACACUGUAUUAUUGUUAACAGUCAUAACACAGUUAUCUUUAGCUAGUUAACUGCACAUUAAUUUAACUGAAAACACUACCGAUGUAGUAAAAUAAUAUUUAAGUACAAAGUAUAUAAUAUCGACCAUUUCACAUUGUAAUUGCAAUGUAAACAGUAUAUUAUAUGUACAGAUUUAAAAGCACCCUCAGAUUGUCUGAAAAUAUUAUCAUACACUUUGUAUGUUCUCGUCAUGAAAGUUGUUGAAGUGGGUCGACAUGCCGGACUAAUAAAAGCAAAUUUUUAUUGGUCGAUAGAAAAAAAACAGUCUGCAUGACUGGUGAAUUUCGCUACACGCUUGCGGGGAAUCCCAUCUUGCCAUGAUUUAACCGAUAAAUUCCAUAAGUCUUUAAAACGCAUUCCAAACAAAUAAUUUCUAGAUGCAACAGAAUCCUAAAAUAAAAUAGGUUACCACAUCAAUUAUUAUUAUAGACACCUCUAAAGUUUAUUUUGAAUAUUAAUUAUUAUUUUGCAUAGGUAAAACAUGCAUGUCUGAGAGUUCGACAUAAU